CAUCAUCUAAAGAGAAAUGAAACUUAACAUUGCGUUUCUGAACAAAACUCAACAACUGGUAAACACAGUUCAGUCUGUCAAUUCAUGUACCAAGAGAGACAGCAGAGCUGAGCGUCGACAAAGAUAUGGCCUCAGCCAAUAGCUUCUUGUCUGAAGAUCAGUUCCUGUGCUCCAUCUGUCUGGAUGUCUUCACCGAGCCCGUCUCAAUUCCAUGUGGACACAACUUCUGCAAGGCCUGUAUCACCAAGCACUGGGCUGGCAAAGACCAGUGUCAGUGUCCACUGUGCAACGAGAAGUUCAACAAAGGACUCAAAAUCCGUGUCAACACUGGAUUCAGGGAGGUUGUGGAGAAUUUCAAGAAACAUCGCGUCAUAGCUAAAAAUGAUGUCCUAGUCAAACCAGGCCAGGUGCCAUGUGACUGCUGCAUUGGGAAAAAGUUCAAAGCGUCCAAAACUUGUUUGGUGUGUUUGGCCUCCUACUGCGAAACACACUUAGAGCCUCAUCAGAGAGUUGCUGCCUUAAAGAGGCACACACUGACUGAUCCUGUGCAGAACCUGGAGAACAAUGUAUGCAAGAACCAUAACAGGAUUUUAGAGCUCUUCUGCAGGAAUGACCUGACUCGUGUUUGUGUCCUGUGUACAGAACAUAGUGCUCAUGAUACAGUCCCUUUAGAGGACGAGUAUGAAGAGAAGAAGGUUCAGUUGGAGCAGAAAAAGGUGGAAUUACAGGAGAUGAUACAAGAGCGAAAAAAGAAGGUUCAGGAGAUAAAAGAAGUAGCAGACGACAAGAUGAAAGACAAAGAUGAAGCAAUAGCAAAUAGUGUUCAGGUCUUCGGUACUUUGGUAGUCUCGAUUGAAAGAACCCUUGCUGGGCUGGUGAGCGUGAUUGAAGAGAAACAGAGAGCAGCAGAAAGACAGGCUGAGGUGCUGGUCAAAGAGCUGGAGAGGGAAAUCACUGAGCUCCAGAGGAGAAUCACUAAGCUGGAGCACAUCUCACACACUGAAGACCACCUCCAGCUCAUCAAGAUGUUCCACUCCUUCUUCUCCUCCUCCUCCUCACAAACCAAGAACUGGUCUGACAUCAGUAUCAGUGGUCAGCACUGUGUGGAGGAGGUGAAGAGCGCUAUGGUGAAGCUGCAGGUGACACUCACCAAAGAGAUGGAGCGAGCUAGUCAAGAAUUCAGUGUGUGCUGUGGUAAAAUCCUUUCCGAAGAAACUGACAUAGUGAAAAAAACGGUACAACCAGUCACAAAUCUAGAGACCCUGCCUGAGGGCGUCAAGUUGGAUACAAUCCGAAGGCAGUAUGCAGUGGACAUGACAUUUGACCCAUGCACUGCAAAUGAUCUGCUCCUAUUUUCAGAGGAUUUUAAACAAGUGCAAACUUCUCACAUUUGGUGGAUUGCAAAUGAAGGCCCGCACAAAUUCAACAGAUAUGCCUACGUCCUUGGAAAAAAGGGCUUUUCUGAAGGGAGAUUCUACUAUGAGGUUCAGGCCAAAAGGAAGACUGGCUGGGAUUUAGGAGUAGUCAGAGAGUCGAUGCGUGGGAAGAGGACUUUCACGCCAAGCCCCAGGAAUGGAGUCUGGAUCAUUAGAUUGAGGAACAACACCAAAUGCACAGCUUUAAAUAAUGUUUCUGUCAAGCUCUCCUUGAUGAAGAAACCUGAGAAGGUUGGGGUGUUUGUAGAUUAUGAGAAAAGACUGGUGUCCUUUUAUGAUGUGGACACUGCAACUCUGAUCUACUCUUUUACUGGCUGCAUGUUCAAUGAGAAAAUCUACCCAUUCUUUAGCCCCGGCCCUUCUGAGGAUGGUAUAAACUGUGCCCCACUAGUCCUCUCACCUGCUAAAAACUCAACCACAUGGGAAAAAUGUUCAGAGUUUUUAGGCCUGAUCAUUACUCUCAUUUUUCUGGUUUUGAUUUCCAUAAGUUAAACAUUGCAUCCUCUUUCACAAGGGCAGAGUUGAAACAGAUUCUGAUGAAAUCUGAAUCUAGUAAAAUCUGAUUAUGAUAAACGCAGUUCCUGAAUAUUCUGGAAAACAAACAAGCCAUGCAAACAAGUCUACAGACCUGUAGACUGAGCUCAGUUUAACUGGAAAUAAUUAAUUUCUUCCUCUGUACAUGCUUUUUGAUAUUAUGUUGGACAUAAUGUUGCAGGUUUAUCUUUUACCUGUACCUUAGCAUGUAUUUUUGUAAUGACAUUAAUCGUGUGCAAUUAAGACAAGCCUUUAAAAAAAAAAAAAAAAAAGAAAUCAAAUAAAAAUGUGUUUUACAGCAACUUAAAAAGCUUGCUACGGUUGUGGAUGUACUGGUAGAGACAAGGUGGGUUAAAACCAGUCUCUCCUUCCAGUCAAAAACUCAUCUGUCAGUUAAUCAUGUCUAACAAAAUGACAAUGUUUCAUAUACAGUAAGUCUGUAAGUCACAAUACAUGUUUUAGAAGUUGUUUUCACUUGCUCUCUCAUUUGGUGUUGAAUUUUCUGUGUUUGAUGCACAAAAUUAAUUUACAUAAAGUUUUCCUUUUCUAUGAAACAUGAUGAUAGUAUCGUUUCACAUCUACCACUCUGAACAUUUAGGGAAAUCAUUAUGUUUACUCUACCUAAGGUGAAGAGUGGUAUUUUAUGGAUUUUACAUCCAUGUUACAGAUUGAAGAUCUCUUGAGUGAGAUGGUGACACAGGCUCUCUUCUAAUAUACCACUAGAGGGAGCAAUCUACUUAUCUUUCAUAGGAACAGUAGCUGUCACUACCCCAGGCAAUGCAUAUAGAGAUAAAACAUGUUAUUAACAUUUGCCAUCUUGAACUCUUUAGUAGUUUUUUCUCUUUUAUUUGAAUUGUCAUGUGAAUUGUCAUUGUCAUGCUUAAAGCUUUUUACUUAACUCCUCUCAGUCUUAGACUAAAAUCACAAGUUUGUGUUAAAAACUAUUUUAGACUGAAAAGUGAAACUGCACUAUAUGUACACAGAAGUCUGUCCAUAUGUUUAACACUAUAUACAUUAUGUUAUAUAUUGCUGCAGCAGAAUUACAUACUGUAUAAUUACAUAUAUUAGACUAUAAACAGUUUCAAGUGUAAGAGAAGAACAUAUCUGAUAGAUUGUAGUGUACUUUGUAGCAAACACUUCCUUUUCUGUUCACAUCCCCCUCAGGAUUAACUGUAAGAACUUAUCUGACUUUUCAUCUUGCGCGAUCAGAUCAACAUUUGCUGUACUAUUUCUUGCUAAUUUGAAAAUUGUUCCACAUUAAUAGGCUAGACUAAGAUGAACAUGGUAAACAUUAUACCUGAUAAACACCACAUGUCAGCUGGUCACAUACUUUACAUCUUUUCUUUUCUAAAUAAACUAUUGUUUGGACAUCAAAUAUGAUAAAGUUUCAAAGCUGUGUUUAUGGAACCUGUCUGAGUUUUAAGUUUGAAGAAAAUA